AUGAUCGGCGCCCAAUCCCUCGUAGCUUAUCAGGACUCCACCGGCAAUGUUCAGGCCUAUACAUCUCCUAUUAAUAGUUACAAUACCCACUUGGGUAAGGCAGAUUUGAGCUUCAACGUGCCAUCCUUAUCGGCAGAAUUGAGAAGUUCGAGGAAUGAAAUGAUAAUAUACGCAACCAUAGAACUUCCGACCGAUGAGACUACCUUUAACCAUGUCUGGCAAGAAGGGCCGGUGAUUAAUGGAAACUCGAUGGCCAUGCAUUCGACGAGUGGGGAAAAUAUGAUGUCGACAGCCAUUGUUGAUUUCAGCUCUGAUUAUAAUGUCACCUCAAACACUUCCCCGUCGCCGCCCUUGGCGGAGAAAAGUAAGGAGCUACCUGAAAACGACAACAAUGGAGGACCGGCAACGAACGGGAAACAAACAUGCCCGCCAUACACAUUCUCCAGCAACAAGAUAUACAGAAGCUGCAGUUCCCUUUCAGUCCUAAAUUCCUUCCUCCACUGGAACUACAACAAGCCCAACAACACUGUUGACAUAGCCUACCGCCACGCCGACGUCACCUCCUCCCAAUGGGUCUCUUGGGCCCUAAACCUCCAAAAUUCCGGCAUGAUCGGGGCUCAAUGUCUAGUUGCAUACAUCAACUCCAACAACGGCUCCGUUCAUGUCUACACUUCUUCAAUCACAGACUACAACACCGACAUGUCUCAGGGAGCUUUGACCUUCAAUGUUUCCAAUAUUUCCGGCGAGUUCCUUGAAGGAGAUCAGAUGAUUAUCAUCUAUGCUACCUUGGUUCUUCCCGCCGGUAAGACUACGUUUAAUCAGGUCUGGCAAGAUGGUCCCGUGUCGGGUAACAAUCUUGGGCAGCACUCCACUACCGGAUCCAAUAUGAAGUCAUUUGGGACAGUUGAUUUUAGCACGGAAGCAGUUAGCACAGGAGGAGAAGGGUCCAGCGGCAGAACAGAUAAAUAUAUUCAUGGAAUCAUAAAUGGGUUAAGCUGGGGAGUGAUGAUUCCAUUGGGAGCCAUGAUAGCUAGAUACCUGAAGGUGUUCAAGUCAGCAGUGCCUGUAUGGUUCUACAUUCAUAUUAUUUGUCAAACCUUAGCCUACAUUGGCGGCGUGGUUGGUCUGGUCACCGGGCUUAAUCUCGAUGGUAAACAAGGAAAUGAUUUCCAUAAGACAAUCGGUGUUACUCUUGUUGUGCUUGGAACACUUCAGGUAUUUGCGUUGUUGUUGAGGCCGAAUAAGGAUCACAAGUACAGAUUCUAUUGGAACCUAUAUCACUGGGGAUGCGGAUAUGCUACCAUCAUUCUCAGCAUUAUCAACAUCUUUUAUGGGAUCGAGCUUUUGAAUCCUGGGAAGGCCUGGAAGCUAGCUUACAUGGGCAUUCUUAUACUCUUUGGGAUCAUGGCCAUGUUUUUAGAGGUUUACACAUGGAUCAUGGUUCUGGCCGAGAGGAAGAAAGGGGGGCGCAGUUCUCCAAAGUAUACUUUCGCUGGAAUUGGAAAUGGAGAAAUGUCCAUUGGCGGAUAUGGGUCCUCUUCUAGGUCUCACCUAGAUCACCUAUAG